GAAAGAUCUAUUGUUCGAAUCCACGAAACCCUGCAAACGAAGAAUAUGAUUCAUUUUGGAACGGAGCAAAAGGCGGCAUGGCGGGCGUGAUUGUGAACCAGGACGCACCGGACUUUGACCUUGUGGACCUCGAGACGGGGGCGACAACGCCUUUCAACAGCAUCACGGGCAACGGCAAGCCGUCCGUGGUGAUGUUUUACGCCACGUGGUGCAACUCGUGCGUCCCGGCCGUCGAGGAGUUCGAGCGCUGGUCCAAGCACAACAUUCCGACGCCGUUCGUCAACUUUGUCCUAAUCAACGUCGACAAGCACAUUCAGAACGCACUCAACUUUGUACGGGCCGAGAACCCGAAAACGAAGAAACCCCGCGUGUGCACCGAGUACUUGGACAAUGGCGAUGUCCCGACCGUGCUGCAUUUUGGCUGCGACGACAUCCCCGACGGCUAUGGCGUGCACGCCGUGCCGCAUAAACUUGUCAUCGAUGAGCACAACGUGGUCAUCCGCAACUUUGACGACUUUCACUGGGACGACAUUGCCGGGCUCUUCAAGCACAAGUUUGAGCUCUCGAACCAGUGCACGUGGCAGCCGCUCAUCCAGCAGUAAGUCCGACCUCGAUUACUAUGCAACAAACCGUACACAGCACAUGCAUGCAA